UGACUGCCCGAGCGCGCCGCGCCCCGCCGCCCCCGCGCCCCACCUCUCCAGGGCCGGGCCGCCUGCCCAGAAGUCGCGACAGAGGAAUUGUCACCGUGGGCCCCUGGGCGGUGGGAAGAGGCAUGGCGCGGCGAGGGGAGACCCGCUCCCCGACUGCGGUCCGUCUAAUCCCACCCCGGUGUUCGUCUUCAUCCUCCCUGCCCGUCUCGGCUUCUGCCUCCCGGUUCCUUCUCCUCUGAUCUCCAUCUCUAGAGGGUCUCACUCCCUACCUCCAUUCGACAGUUGUUCUCCCUGUCAAUUAAACCGAGAUGUGAGCACUUCUGCGUUCCAGGCCGUGCGCUAAGCACGGGGGUGGGGGUGCGGUGGGGUACAAAAUGCGCCGAGUGCAGAGGUGGGGACUGUGUUCUGGGGUUCAGGGAGAGCCAGCCCCCCUUCUGGAUGCGGAUCACGAAAGUCUGCCCGGAAGAAGAGGCAGUUGAGCUGAGCUUUGAAGUUUGGAUAGGAUCCCAACGAGGAAGGGAGCAGGAAGUGAAGGGCUCCGGAAGUUUUCAGAGAAAACGGAGAAGUUAGUUGAUGCAGCGUGGCGGAAGUGCAAGGAUCCUGAUUGGAUCCCCUCGGUCAGGAUGGAACUGAAGGCCGAGGAGGAGGAGGUGGGUGGCGUCCAGCCGGUGAGCAUCCAGGCCUUCGCCAGCAGCUCCACGCUGCACGGCCUGGCCCACAUCUUCUCCUACGAGCGGCUGUCUCUGAAGCGGGCACUGUGGGCCCUGUGCUUCCUGGGCUCCCUGGCUGUGCUGCUGUGUGUGUGCACCGAGCGAGUGCAGUACUACUUCCACUACCACCACGUCACCAAGCUUGAUGAGGUGGCUGCCUCCCAGCUCACCUUCCCCGCUGUCACGCUGUGCAAUCUCAACGAGUUCCGCUUUAGCCAAGUCUCCAAGAAUGACCUGUACCACGCCGGGGAGCUGCUGGCCCUGCUCAACAACAGGUAUGAGAUACCAGACACGCAGAUGGCAGAUGAGAAGCAGCUGGAAAUCCUGCAGGACAAGGCCAACUUCCGCAGCUUCAAGCCCAAGCCCUUCAACAUGCGGGAGUUCUACGACCGUGCAGGGCACGACAUUCGAGACAUGCUGCUUUCCUGCCACUUCCGGGGGGAGGUCUGCAGCGCUGAAGACUUCAAGGUGGUCUUCACGAGGUAUGGCAAGUGCUACACAUUCAACUCGGGCCGAGAUGGGCGUCCGCGGCUGAAGACCAUGAAGGGUGGGACUGGCAAUGGGCUGGAGAUCAUGCUGGACAUCCAGCAGGAUGAGUACCUGCCUGUAUGGGGAGAGACUGAUGAGACGUCCUUCGAAGCGGGCAUCAAAGUGCAGAUCCACAGUCAGGAUGAACCUCCCUUCAUCGACCAGCUGGGCUUUGGUGUGGCCCCAGGGUUCCAGACCUUUGUGUCCUGCCAGGAGCAGCGGCUCAUCUACCUGCCCCCGCCCUGGGGCACCUGCAAAGCUGUCACCAUGGACUCGGAUUUCUUCGACUCCUACAGCAUUACUGCCUGCCGCAUCGACUGUGAGACACGCUACCUGGUGGAGAACUGUAACUGUCGCAUGGUGCACAUGCCAGGGGAUGCCCCAUACUGCACCCCAGAACAAUACAAGGAGUGCGCGGAUCCUGCUCUGGACUUCCUGGUGGAGAAGGACCAGGAGUACUGUGUAUGUGAAAUGCCCUGCAACCUAACCCGCUAUGGCAAGGAGCUGUCCAUGGUCAAGAUCCCCAGCAAAGCAUCAGCCAAGUACCUGGCCAAGAAGUUCAACAAGUCUGAGCAGUACAUAGGGGAGAACAUCCUGGUGCUGGACAUUUUCUUUGAAGUCCUCAACUAUGAGACUAUUGAGCAGAAGAAGGCCUAUGAAAUUGCAGGGCUCCUGGGUGACAUCGGGGGCCAGAUGGGGCUGUUCAUUGGGGCCAGCAUCCUCACGGUACUGGAGCUCUUUGACUAUGCCUAUGAGGUCAUUAAGCACAAGCUGUGCAGAAGAGGAAAGUGCCAGAAGGAGGCCAAAAGGAGCAGCGCCGACAAGGGCGUGGCCCUUAGCCUGGAUGACGUCAAAAGACAUAACCCGUGUGAGAGCAUCCGGGGCCACCCUGCUGGGAUGACCUACGCUGCCAACAUCCUACCUCACCAUCCGGCCCGAGGCACUUUUGAGGACUUUACCUGCUGAGCCCCGCAGGCCACCGUACCAAAGGCCUAGGUGGGGAGGGCUAGGACAGUAAGGGGGCCCUGGGCCGCGCCCCUCCAAAAUCUGCCCUGGGGACUCACUCCCCCUCCCAAGGUAGAACCCCACUCCUGGGCAGUCCUUUCCUCUUGUCUGUGGUGAGGAAGGAAUCUUGACCAUAGAGCCCUCACCCUGCCUCUAUCCCAUUCUUUUUAUUUUUACCGAAACUAAUCUAAAAAAACUAAACUAAACUAAAUGAAAAAGAGAGAAUGGGGCAGGUGACCUCAGGCUGCCCCUCUCUGCUCCAUGCUGCCUCCUCCAGCUCCCAGCCUAAAUUCUGUCUGUCUGGCUAUCUGUCAUCUGAGUGUCCACCUACAUUCUGCUGCCACCAGUCACCAAAGCCCCUCCCAGUGGGGGGUGGAGGAGAUCCUUGGGGUCUGGAAUUUGGCCCCAAACCAGAGAAUGUACCUUGAAGGGGAGGGCUAGUGGGGGGGGCUUCCCCAGCCUUAAGAGACCCUCUCAGCCCAGUGACCCCCCCAACCCCAAGUCUCCAGGAGGGAACUAAGACCCUAAGCUCCAUCCCCCCCUUACAUGUGAAGUCUCUGGGGAGUUGAGGGUGGGGGAUCCCCUGAAGUAGUGGAUGAUGGGGAGAAGAUGUGGCCCUGGUGCUGUAGGCCGCAUCCUGAUACCUUUAAGUUCACUCCCAACCCCGAACUGCUGGAGAGAAAUCCCAAGAGGUAGCACUCCUCUACCAUCCCAUGAAAGAUCUAGCUGGUUGGCUUCCAGCUCAGGGAGAGGGGCACUGGUGCCUAACCUCACUGGUCCCUCUCCCAGGGGCCCCUGCAGAGGGCCACAUCCAUAAAUUUUCUUAUGGAACUCUCCCAAGUCCUCUUCCCCAACUUCAUUUGCUUCUCUCAACAACCUCAUCUGCAUUUUCUAUUUCUAUAUGAUACAGACUCUAUAUUGCUAUAUCUCUGUAUAUACUUUCCCCUAACUCUGUCUGUCUCUACCCCAUCCCCUCUUGUCUCUAAGAACCAUCCUCCCACCCAAAGUUCCCCUUUCUGUGUUUCUACUCCCUCCCUGGUCUCUGAAUGCCUUCGCCUGUAUAAAGAGUUGGACUCUCUCCCCUGGUGUCUGUACUGUGUACACACAUCCCUCUGAGAAGCACAAGGAGACGACACGCGCAUUGUAACCUUCGCACUGUCUCGGUGGCGACAUAAAGGAAGCUGUGAAUCACAA